AUGAAGUUGGCACAUUAUAUCCCAAUAUUUUUCGUUUUAUUACUACAAUGUGUCUCGGCCAAGCCAGCUAAGACAUAUGUCAUAGGUCCUCAAUACAAAUGGAUGCAAUCAGCUUGUACUACUUUAUUAUCAAGCUAUACAUAUGGUUAUAAUGAUACAUCAGCCCAAGGAAGUAGUAGCAAAAAAGCAAAGUCAAAAUCCCAAACAAAACAAUUAUGUACUUAUCCUCCAUCUUUAGGUUCAAUGGUAUUAUGUUUAGGUGAUGCAUUAGGUGAAGAAUCAAAAGCUUUUGAAAAAAGUUUGAAUUUGUUACAGGAAAGUUGUCUUGGUACAAACAAGAAGAAGAAUAUGACUAUAGAUGAUUUGAAAGAUGCACAUAAGAAUGCUACUGAAUAUGCAUUGGAUCCUCCAACUGAUAAAAAAGCAUUAAAGAAAACUAUUUUUUAUCAACCAGUUAGAGUCCCAACAAAAUCUUUAAAAGAAACCACAAAAUAUUAUAGUUUUUUAUAUUUCAAUUUGGAUAAAUCUUCAAUGCUUGCAGGUAUGACAUAUUGUUAUUUCUUAGUGGUUUUUAUAUUCUUUGGAUCCUCAAAUUUAAUGAAAAGAUUGGGUCUUCAUACAAAAUUUAACAACAAAUUUUUAAAUUUUUAUCGUGCUAAUGUUUCAGUUCCAGCUUUAUUUAAUGGUAAACAUACAGAAGCUCCUGUCAAAUGGAAAAUUUUCUCAACUUUAAUUCCAACAAGAAUGGAAAGUAUUGUGAUUUUUUUGUUAUUAGCUUUGAACAUCUUAUUAUCAACAGUUCAUUACAGUUUUGAAUACUCCAAGUCAACAUGGAUCGAACAGUUCACAGGAAAUGUUGCAGACAGAACUGGUAUUAUGGUAUGUCGAUAA